AGAGGGUGGAUGGGGUGAUGAUGAUGAUGCUAGUGGUAGUGGAUGGGGCUUGUCUCUUUUAGCUGGAUGGAUGUGUUGACGUGCAUUUCAGCUCCAUCUCCAUGAUUAAACCGGCAGCUCGGAGGGGAGUCGCAGCGGAGAUUGAAGCAGCAGCAGCAGCAGCAGCAGCAGCAAUAGAAGAAGAAGCAGUCAGGGGGAAUGAGAGCGGACCGAGUCGCGGCAUCUUCACCAUCAUGCAGCCGACUACCACCACCAGCCGUCCAUUUUACACGAUUAUAUGAGCCCAGGAGUGCCAGUGUGUCUGUGUCCUGCAGACAGGCAGUGUCCAGACCCUGCGAUGACAACGUAGGCCAACGCCUCGCUGCAGCUCCAUACAGGGAAUGAAAACGCUCCCAAGAUGGUCCGCAUCGCCAAGGCCCUGGGUUUGGUUAUUUUGUGCGUCGCCGUGCUCAUACUGUCGCUCAUCAGCUAUGUGUCUCUCCGAAAAGACAGCCUCUUCGCCUCCUCUAAAUAUUACAUGGGAGGCCCGAGGAUUAUGUUCCACGCAGGAUUUAGGUCUCAGUUUGCCAUGAAUUUUCUGGACCCCUCCUUCAUCCCCUUGACUAACGCUCUGAACGAAGAGCUCCAGGGAAAACCGUCCAAAUGGAAGUUCAACAAAACGGCUUUUUAUCAGCAGAGGAAAGAUAUCUUCAGCUACAUAGACAUUCCCACCAACUUCUCCCUCACAAAGAACAGUGUGCGCGUCGGCCAGUUGAUGCACUUUGACUACUCCAGCCACAAGUACGUCUUCUCCAUCAGCAAUAACUUGAAGUCCCUGCUCCCAGAUACCUCUCCCAUCCACAACAAGCAUUACAGCAUGUGCGCCGUGGUGGGCAACAGCGGUAUCCUAACAGGAAGCCACUGCGGCCCCGAGAUCGACCAGGCCGACUUUGUCUUCCGCUGCAACUUCGCCCCCACAGAGGUCUACUCCAAGGACGUGGGCAAAAAGACCAACCUAACCACCUUCAACCCCAGCAUCCUGGAGAGGUACUACAAUAACCUGCUGACCAUUCAGGACCGGAAUAAUUUCUUCCUCAACCUGAAGAAGCUGGAGGGAGCCAUCCUGUGGAUCCCUGCCUUCUUCCUUCAUACCUCAGCCACAGUUACCAGGACCCUGGUGGACUUCUUUGUUGAGCAUAAGGGACAACUGAAAGUGGAACUGGCCUGGCCUGGAAACAUCAUGCAUGAUGUCAACAAAUACUGGAAGACGAAAAACCUCUCCCCCAAACGUCUCAGCACUGGGAUCCUAAUGUACACGCUGGCCUCUGCCAUGUGCGACGAGAUCCAUCUCUACGGCUUCUGGCCUUUUGGAUGGGACCCCAACACAGGCAACGAUCUGCCCUACCACUACUACGACAAGAAAGGGACCAAAUUCACCACCAAGUGGCAGGAGACUCACCAGCUGCCCAGCGAGUUUAAGCUGCUCUACAAGCUGCACAGGGAGGGUGUGAUUAAACUCAGCCUGACACACUGCUCUUAGAUAUGCCAUGGAUGAGUCCAGAGAUGCAGAUACAUCCAUCCAGCUCACUUCUGUUGUGAUCCACAAUGCAUGAUAAGUGUUUAAAUUAUACAUUUCUACACCCUCAUUUGACAAUCACACAUUCAAAUCACGCUGUAACUUCACACGACGAUGUCACAGAUUUAUCAUAGCGUUGUAACUCAUUUAUCAGUAUAUUGUUGUCUUUAGCACUGCACAGUUAGGGCUUUUUACGUCGCUCAGUUGCUUCCAUUACUCUCCUUUGCAUGGCUGCUGGCCGUGGUGAAACAGCAUAAACUAUUUUUACUGAGGUUAGUAGGGGGAUGCCACAAAAAGUCAAAUCAUCCAGUUCAGUUUAACACACUAUUGAUUUAUUAAUCACAUUUACAGCAGUAUACUGAUUCUUUACACUGAAAUCACUGCCUAAUCUCAGGGAAGGAGUUAGAUCAGUGUUUUUUUGUAAUCAGAUUCAAUGCCUCAAGAGAGGUGCAGUUUCUGUUUGCAGGCCUUUUUCUCCCUAUGAGGUGUCAGAUAAUCUGCACUUCUCUGGAAGAUGGUAUUUGUUUACUAGACUGCACCCCAUAUAAAUACACACACACACACACACACACACACACACACACACACACACACACACACGCACACACACGCACACACACACACACACACACACACACACACACACACACACACACACACACACACACACACACACACACACACACACACACACACACACACACACACACACAUAUAUACACUUUUGUGUCUUGGCUGUCCACUUCAAAUUUGGUUCUUCAAUUUAUUUUUUGAGAUUCUCGCAUUUUUGGAAAGUUAUUUGACAUUCCGACAAUAAGCCAUACAUUCAUGGACAGUGCGUUAUCAUUUAAAUACAGAAUUUUAGAAAGACUGUUAUUGCCUACAUUAGGUUCUGUAACAUUUAAAAAUAUCUUCCAACAAGACCAUUAGCAAUUCCAUAGCCAUACUAGCGGUUACAUUUGAGUCAUGGAACUUCCAAAAAAGUAAAUACCCAAAAUGGUGUUUACCAACACAAAGUUUAUAUACAUUUAUUUGUGUAUGGCACAUGUUGUACAAAUUGAGCAAGGACCAUUGUAGAAGGUGUUUGAUGGUAUUUAAAACGUAUCUUAAAGGCAGUAUGAUGAGUCAAAGAUCAUCCACAGGGUAUUUAUUAUUCUGAAAAAUUACAUUUUAGUUCUAUGAGUCGAAUGUUUCAAUGCAUGAGAGUCACAAAGUGGGGCUACGGCUGCUCCAGCUCUACGUAAAUUAAUUUCUAAGUUUGUCCUAAUUAACUACUAGCUAGUUUAAAAACUCAGGAAGAAGGCCAAAAAAACAACCCCCCAUAAAACUACAAUAUUUUGCUUUUUACAGGGUUUUUUGUACAAUGUAAACAAACGAGGUCGAUGUAUCCUUUAAAACCCAAUACCUUUGCUAAUAAAGACUUGUAUAAUGUUUUAGGGGGUCAAACAUCUGACAAUCCUAUGUAAACGUUGUCAUAAAUGCAGAAAUGCAGCAUAAUGCAGAAAUAAGUAGGUUUUCAAGUUAGGCUAGUAAUAUUAAUGCAGUUUAGCACUACAGAUUGUCAAAUGUCCAAUCAUGCUAAUCUAGCAUGUUUUUCAGUCAUUAAGGCUGACAUUCCUGGCAUAUGGUUUUGUGAUUUGAGGUAUUUGAUAAAGUUUACAUUAUAACACAGUUUAGAUGUGGCAAAUUCAAUACUAUCUUUUUUACUCGUUAAUUCAAACCGUUUGAUUAUUAGCAAUCUAAUGUUAGCUUUGUCAGUUUGUUCAGUUGAAGUUAGCCUACACCUGCAGUUUAGUCAGCGUAAAAGUAGUAACUCAUAUUCAUAUGUAAGACAACAAACAUACAUAGUUGUUGUAGUGAAACUGGUUGGAAAUUAUUAAAAAGGUUAAGUUUGAAUUUACGAAAAGCUGUUGGAUAAGUGAACAUUUUACAAUUCUUACAAUAACAGGGCAGAAAAUGUAAAGUUAAUCCAGAGGGUACCAGACCAUCUUGUGACCUAAAUCGCAGCGCUAGCGUGGCAAAAAAAGCCAGGAAAUACAUUUAUUUAGACUUUUUUUUGUAAAAUAACAGCAAUGGAACUUAAAGUUUACCUCUAUUUCAAUUAAAUCUAUAAAGAGGAGAAUACACUAUUUAUUACAUAUCUUUUGUUGGAGGGGGGUUAAUCAUCCAUCAUGUACCAUAUCAAUUCCAAUAUUUGUGACAUAAAACAACAAAGUUAAUGAAUGUUAUAUGACUUAAAUGCAUCUCGGAUAAAGAGCAUGAUCCAUGACAUUGCAUGUGAGGCACUAACAAAUAUUUUAGGCUAGUUUUAUACAACCUUUUUGAAGAUUGUUUUGAGGGUAUAAAUGUAGUUAUUUGCUAUUGUUUGUACUCCUGACGGUGUAUUAGUAUAACACCAGUGUCUUUGUACAAGAUACUUCUGAAGGCUAAAGAAAGAACCCUAAUAUAUUUUACACGGGACCAAAACCUAUAGAUAAACUUAAAAAUGAACAAGCUUUAUUUUUUGUAAACUUUAGAUAAUCUUGGGUUCUCAAAAACAGUUUUCCCUGUCAAGCUUCACUGAUGCUGACAUGCAGGGGGGUUGAAAGCUGGCCACAUGACUCGUCUCAUGACUUUACAACAUGUGUUCCUUGUUGCAAACCUUGGCUGAGACUGAGGUUUAACAAAUCGAGCAAUGCAGUCAUUCAUACUUCCAGAUGUGUGCUUUUGUGCUCAUUGAGAUAAAGUAUUGGAGGCAUUUGCUUGGCAUCCUGUCAUACACAUAGAGUUCCUUUUUUCCGUCUCAUUUAGGCAAGAAAAACAUUUCAGAUGACCUUUGUGUCUCGUCUCCAAUUAACAGUGCAGUCACCACCAUGAAACCACAUAUUGGAUGAUAAUGUUGGAACUUUAGCUGCAUUUAUUGAUGUCAUCUGUGUACAUUAAAGGAUAUUUUCCGUAGACCCUUCAUAAGAAAUGUUUACACCAAAGAAAAGUGUUCAAAGAGGAAAUGUUAGCUCGAUAAGAAUUGAUUUGGGAUUCAGGAAACCGAAUGACAACUAACAACAAGUAUUAUUGUAAAGAAAUAGAGUUUCCCUUUUGUGAUGUUGAAUUUGACUUUUGUGGCACAACAAUAAUUUUGAACUUCUUGUUUCUUGGCUUCAGCCAAAGUAUUGUGGUGGAAUUUCUUUGUGACUCCAUGAAUGUCCUAGACAGAUUUGUUUGAAAAAUCCACUGACAUGAAUGCAGGACAUUUUUAAGUUUCUCUCUUUAUUUAAUUAAAAUCAAUGUGUAGAAUGUGUGUAAACAAUAAUGAUGCUAACAAAGUCUGUGAGGAUUGUAUUUCCAGUCAGAAUAGCAGUUUAGCUUUGUGUGCAUUACAUUUAAAUGAAAAGACAGUGACAUGUACAUAAACAUAAAAUGUCUUUAUUCCAAACGCAGCACUAUACAGGUUUUUGUUCCAACAACCCUUUAACAUUAUUGUACUUGUGUUUGAUCUGCAUGGCAAAUAUGUUCCAUAAUGCAUAAAAAAGCUUGGCUGCUUAUGUACAUGUCGUAUAAAAUUCAUAAAUCAGAUAAAUGACUUAGCUAUCUUGGUUGUUCUAACAAAAAAAAUGAUCAUCCAUAUAACAAAUGUAACCAUGUCUUAAAUGUUUUUGGAUUAUACUCCAUGAUAAAUAUACAUUAUGUGCCUGCAUAUUCUCCCAUCAAUGCCUCAAUGUGUCAAAUAAAAACUUUUUUUUUCCUCUGAUAUGACCCA